AUGCCUCCGAGACAGAAGUCGUGCUGUCACGAAGAAUUUAUUCAAUUUGUGCAGCGAAUCAAGCCAGAGAAGCAAAGUGUACGACAAAGGCUAUACAAGUUUGGCCUCCAAAAUAGUCGUCCAUUGCCUCAUCGAAAGAAGAGCUCGCUCAAGCGGGAAGCUUUAUACUGUCGCAAACAAUAUAAUGUUGAUAAACAGCCACCACGAUGCCACCAACUACCAAGAUUUAGAGAUCGACCGAUGCGUCAAGAGUAUACUUCAUGUGAGACGCAACACCACCGGAGGUCUAGGGCUAAUCAAAAUAGCCAACAACGCAAGCCUAUGUGCAAGACUGCAUCGCAACAGCUCCCCCACCACAGCUAUUCUAUCCGUGACAAGAAGCAAAAGCAGCUGUUACAACGCCUAGUUCAAGUACAAGAUGAGAUUGUCCUUCACUUCCGGCAACAAUUGAGAGAUGAAAUGAAGGCCUUUAGGAUGAAAUCGGAACGAUUACUUGAUGAGCGUGUCUUGACUUGGAAUGAUCAAGGGUUGGAAUUUGAUUUUGGUCACCAUCUUUUCGCUCUUGAAUCAGAUUAUGACCCAUGGGAGCGUACUAUUGACUGGGACAGUCUUCAUGUGUUCGAUAACUACGCUGAUGACGAAGUGAACAACUACACUGAUGACGAAGUGAACACUUGCGACAUCAUCCACAUUCCGCACCCGUUGGCUGCAAAUGAGGACAUCGUUGUUGCUCUAGUUUCCUUUGAUGUAGUUUUGGGAACUGCAGUUGCGGAGGAAUUAUGCCUUCCACCACUUGUUAUUUCUUCUCCCUAUGGAGUGAAUGAAAGAUUUGUUGUUCCUAGCCAUUAUUAUUCUUCUGUUUCUCCUGUUCAUAUAUUUCGUGUUGUGCCGCGUUGCAGAAGACUUUGUUUUUCCCUGACACCAUUCGGUGAUCCUGCUACUUCUCAAUAUGGGUUAAGAUUGGAGGCUUUCGGCUGCAUCACUUCUGCCCUUCUUCCUUGUGCUUGGCUGAAUGGUGGCACAAUUCCUCUUUGCAAAGCAGCACUAGAAUGA